AUGUUGGGUUUUUGGUUUUUUUUGCCAGCUCCCGGGCAGGUUUCCUGCAGCCGAACUCCACGGCCGGAAUGCCCCUCUCUGGAAGGAGAGGCAUGUGAUUCCGCGGGCCGGGGGGGAAACGCUCAGGCCCGAGCGGAGCCGAGGGAGCGCGGGGCAGCGAGGGAGAGGGACGAGGCUCCAGUUACACCUCGCCCAGGAGCCUCCGAGGAGCGCGGCGGCAGCGCGGUCCCCGCCGCGGCGGGGAGGGGCCGAGCACCCGCCCUCCGCGGAGGCGGUGGGCAUCUCCCCACCCGCGUGGAGGCGGGGGGGGAAGGCCCCGCUGCCCGCCCGCAGCCGCCGACCUUGCACGCAGCCCCGCGGCGGGGAAGCCGGAGCGAGCGGCGCCGCCCGCCCCGCCAGCGGCGCCCGCCCAGGGACCCCGGCCCCGCGCCCAGCCGGCUGCCAUCCCCUCCUCCUCCUCCUCCUGCUGCUGCUGCUGCUGCUCCCCGCCCCGCGCACACACACCACACACACACACGCAGAGACACGGCACUGCGGCGGCCGGGCCCCCACCCCUCCCCGGGCCGCGGGGAGGCGGCGGCCGGGCGCCCCGGGUUGCGCUCGCACGCAGCUGUGCCACCGGGGCCUGGCGGCGCGGCUGCAGCGCCCCGCCGCCCGCCCCCGCGGCUCGGCGCGGCUCGGCCCGGCGCUGCGCGGCGCGCACACGCAGGCGCAACCCCCGCGCAGAAAGUUAGAGAAGUUGCCCGCUUUGCCCCUUCCCUCCUUCCCUCCCCGCGCGUCUCCUGCGGGCGCGGAGCGGCGGCGGGACGCCCCGGCCCCAGCACAGGGGGAAGGGGAGAGGGUACCGGGAGCGGUGGCCCCUGCCCGGUGUGGGGAAGGGGGCGGCCGGCUCAGCCCCGCCGAGGGAAAACGGAGCGGCCCGCACCCUUGCGCACCAAGUCGUUGUCAGCCGGUGAAGGGGAGGGGGUGAACACCGCCCUGCUCCCCAAAACACCCCUUUUGUCACCGAGGAGAGACCCUCCCUCCAAGUUUCCGCGUCGCUGUGUGCUUGGGGGCAGGGAGGGAAACGUCCUAAACAAUCCCUUCAAAAUCGCCCUCCGCACCCCCGCUGCCCCAUCCUCCGCCGGCACGGGCAUGGCAGCCCCCACCCCCCGGAUCAGCCGCAGCACCCCUCACCUCCCCGGCUCCUCGUACUUUCUCCCCUGCCGCCCCCAGCGAGGGGCGCGGAGAGGCGGCACCCGACCUCCGCCUGGCCUGGGAGCAGGAAACCAACCCCCUCGGCCCGGCUGGGUGGGGUGCCCUAUUCCCCCCCCCCAAUCCCCCCCCCCGCCGAAACAGGGGACGUCCCGGGGAAGUAACCCCGUGCUCCCCCCCGUCCCCCCGCCGGGCCCCGGGGCUGCGAGCAUGAUGCCCCGGCGAGGGGCGGCCUCGCAGUCCCCUGCCCCCGGCUCCCCUCCGCUCCCCCACGGAGGGGGCCGCGGCCCCCGCCCCGCUCCCCUCCGCCGCCGCCGCCGCGGGGGAAGCCGCCGCGCCGCGGCCGCGGUGCCGCCCGCCUACGCCGCCCCUCCGCGCACCGGCGCGGCCCCGGGCGUCCCCCCGGCGUUGCCGAAGGUGGCCGGGGAGGCGCGGGGGGCUCGGGCACACCCCCCGCCGCGGCGGGGCCGAGGGGGCGUGCGGGAGCCGUUACCGGGGUCAGCGCCGUCUCCCGCCGCGGCUGCCGCCGGCGCUGACCUUCGCUUUGUAAGAUGA